UACGUUCGAUAUGCUACCUAGACCAUCACAUCACUUAAAUGAAGAACCUCCAUCAAAGAAUUCCGUGCUUAGCACUAUGAUAGUGGGAUUGAUUGCAGGAAUUUUCUUAGCUCAGAUUUUUGAGACACCUGAAAUUAAUACAUCGUUUAAUUUUUAUAAGAAAACGGAUGAAUUUCAGAACAGUUAUGAGUCUAAAAACUAUAGCUUCACUAUAGCCGACACAUUAAAGAGAGAAGUUCGAAUUCUCUGUUGGGUAUUGACCAAUCCAAAGAACCACAAAGAGAAAGCGCUUCAUGUGAAACGAACUUGGGGUAAAAGAUGUAACAUUCUAUUAUUUAUGAGCUCAGAGGAGGAUGCAGAACUUCCAACGGUGAAGCUAAAUGUGGCCGAAGGACAUGAGAAUCUGUGGUUAAAGGUUAAAGAGGCCUUCAAGUAUGUUUACAAGUAUCAUUAUAAUGACGCCGAUUGGUUCUUUAAGGCCGAUGACGAUACCUAUGCUGUGAUCGAGAAUCUUCGAUAUAUGCUGUACCCAUAUAAUCCUCAAACGCCGAUUUACUUUGGUUUCAAGUUUAAUCAUUAUCUUAAGCAGGGUUAUAUGUCCGGUGGAGCUGGUUAUGUCCUCAGCCGGGAAGCUCUUCGUCAGUUAGUUGAGAAGGGCAUUGGCAAUCCAAAAAUUUGCAAUUCUGGCAUUCCUGAACCUGAGGACUUUGAAAUUGGAAGUUGCAUGGAGCAUUUGAAUGUUACUGCUGGAGAUUCUCGAGAUUUUACAGGUCGUGGUCGUAUGUUUUCCUCUGAUCUGGAAUUUCAUUUAGUUCCACCUAAAUUUGAUACAACGUUUUGGUAUUGGUCCUUCAAAUAUUACAAAAAUGACGAUGGUCUUGACUGUUGCUCGGACUUGGCAAUCUCGUGGCAUUAUGUAGAUCCCUACCUCAUGUAUAUAAUGGACUAUUUAAUCUAUGAUUUAAAAAUCUAUGGAUUGCUGCAAACGCCUCAAGCUCUGCCUGCUAAACUAAAAGUCGGUGAAUUAUUGCCCGAACCCAUCAAUCAACCAGCGGACACUAAUGAGGAUUCCGUUGACGAUGAGGAUAGGUUUGAUAAUGCAACUAUGUAUAGGAAUGAUAGUAAUCUUAGCUCCAUAGAAUUAAAUAAUAGUAAGUGGGCGUUAAAAGCUCUGACACUUGCAGUUUAAAACGUUCAAGAAAUUUAUGAUAAAUUUCCUUAUACCUUUUGAUUUCUCCAUAUUUAGGGUCACCCCGUGUUCAGGGGUUACAUUUAAAUUUUUGUUUAUAAAUGAAUACAAGUAAAAAUCAACUUACAUCUAA